AGGACGAGGACGCCAUUGCGUUGCUAUGAGCUGUCGCUCCCCCUGCGGCGGCGGCGGGCGGACCGGGCGCCGAUCCUGUGCCUGCCUUCCUCCUGACUCCUGCCUGUUUCCUGGCUCCUGCUGCCCGCCGCGCGGGCCGGGCUGUCCGUCCGGCGGCCUGGUGGCACUAGCGGGGCGGAGAGGAUGAGCACGGCGGGACCGGGCGGCAGCAGCAGCAGCACAAGCGGCAGCAGCGCAUCAGCGCAAGCAGCAGCAUCAGCAGCCGCUGCCGCGGCGGCGGGGCCGGUCACUGAGCGAGGAGCACCGCGGCGGACGCAGGGCAUGGAGCCCCAGCCCGGCGCCUCCCGCCCGGCCGCCGAGGAGGAGGAGGACGGCGGCGGCGGGUCCGGCGGGCAGCCGGAGGCGCUGUCGCUGGAGGAGAUCCUCCGGCUCUACAACCAGCCCAUCAACGAGGAGCAGGCGUGGGCCGUGUGUUACCAGUGCUGCGCCUCGCUGCGCGCCCGCGCCCGCCGCGGAGAGACCCCCGCCGCCAGGCUGGGGGCGGCGGCCGCGCACCUCCGCGUCUGGCGGGACGGCGCCGUCACCCUGGAGCAGGACGAGCCCGACCGGCCGCCCCCGCCCGCCGCAGAUAAAUCAGGCCGUUUACACUGCACAGAAAUGGAGGUUAUUGAAUCACUAGGGAUUAUUAUAUAUAAAGCCCUGGACUAUGGUUUGAAGGAAAAUGAAGAGAGGGAAUUAAGUCCUCCACUGGAGCAGCUUAUUGACUACAUGACUAAUGCCACAGAAACAGAUGGGAGUAGGGAUGAAGGAUAUGAUGCUCUGGAUGAAGGAGUGGAGGAUGACGAUGAUGACAAAGAAGAAGUUGAGGCCAUUCACUCCUAUAAAGAUGUCAUGAAGCUGUGUGCUGCCCACCUGCCAACGCGAUCAGAGGCGCCCAACCACUACCAAGCAGUGUGUCGGGCUCUGUUUGCUGAAACCAUGGAGCUCUACACUUUCCUGGCCAAAAUUAAAAGUGCAAAAGAGAACCUGAAGAAGAUUCAGGAAAUGGACAAAGAGGCAAGUGAUGAAUCCAGCACGGAUCUUGAUGAGCUGAAAAAUGCUGACUGGGCCCGUUUUUGGGUGCAGGUGAUGAGAGAUUUACGGAAUGGUGUUAAACUUAAGAAAGUUCAGGAACGUCAGUACAACCCACUGCCCAUCGAAUAUCAGCUCACACCCUAUGAGAUGCUGAUGGAUGAUAUCAGAUCCAAACGCUACACCUUAAGGAAGGUCAUGGUCAACGGUGACAUCCCACCUCGAUUAAAAAAGAGCGCCCAUGAAAUAAUCCUGGAUUUCAUCCGAUCGCGACCUCCAUUAAAUCCUGCCUCGGCAAGGAAACUGAAACCAACCCCGCCCCGGCCUCGCAGCCUCCAUGAGAGGAUCCUGGAGGAGAUCAAGGCAGAGAGGAAGUUGCGUCCAGUCUCCCCCGAUGAGAUAAGGAGGAGCAGGCUGGAUGUACCGACGCCAGAGGCUGGAAGAAAAUUAGGGGAUGCCUCUGUAGUGAACGGCAGCCUGGCACCCCAAGGAAAGCAGAACGGGGCCACACAAGUGACAGUGCAACGCAAGAGACUCCUUAAGGCUCCCACGUUGGCUGAACUUGACAGCUCAGAUUCAGAGGAGGAAUCGGUGCACCAAUCAGGAAGUAGCAGCAGCAUCUCCCCCUCACAAGUGGAAGACCCCUCGCAAGAAGGCACCAGCAGCAGAAAGAUGCCUCCAAAGUUCUUGCCCAUAUCGUCUACGCCGCAGCCCGAGAGACGGCAGCCGCCUCAGAGACGACACUCCAUUGAAAAGGAAACACCAACCAAUGUGAGACAGUUCCUACCCCCUUCAAAACAGAGCUCCAGGUCACUUGAGGAGUUCUGUUACCCCGUGGAAUGUCUGGCUCUGACAGUGGAGGAGGUCAUGCACAUCCGUCAGGUGCUCGUGAAGGCAGAGCUGGAGAAGUACCAGCAAUAUAAAGAUGUCUACACUGCUCUCAAGAAAGGAAAGCUCUGCUUUUGCUGUCGAACAAGAAGGUUUUCUUUCUUUACCUGGUCUUACACUUGUCAGUUCUGCAAGAGGCCUGUAUGCUCCCAGUGUUGCAAAAAAAUGAGGCUGCCAUCGAAGCCAUACUCCACCCUCCCCAUCUUCUCCCUGGGACCUUCAACCUUGCAAAGGGGAGAAAGCUUCAUGAGGCCAGAGAAACCCUCUACCAGUCACCACCAUUCCCUGCGGAGCAGGUUGACCUCAAGGUCCAAGUCUGUGGAUAAGUCACAAGAAGAGUUUCCCAAAGAAUUAAUGGAGGACUGGAGCACAAUGGAGGUUUGCGUGGACUGCAAGAAGUUCAUCUCAGAAAUCAUCAACUCGAGCCGGCGCAGCCUGUCCCUGGCCAACAAGCGAGCCAGGUUGAAAAGGAAAACGCAGUCCUUCUACAUGUCCUCACCAGGAACCUCGGAGUACUGCCCCUCGGAAAGGACGAUCAAUGAGAUCUGAGCCGUGUGCCUUCUGCUUUGCUUCAUCUCCAUGAGCUCAUCAUCCAUCAGCGAGGUCACUGGACCCGGAUUGUCACCCCGCUACUUCGUUCCACUUGACUGGCUUGGGUUUGCAUUGGGUCACAGGAUUUCCUGCUCCAGCAGCUCCCAGAGACACAGAGCGCUGUGUUUGGAUCUGUGCAGGGCGAUGCGCGACAGGGCAGCUGCUCGCACUGGGAGAAAAUCAAUAGUUUGAAAUUGUUGCCUCUUUUGUACGUGUGCGUUGAAAUGAGAAAGCCUUUUCUCGCUUUCAGUCUUUUUUUAACCGUGCUUUGAAUCAUUUUUCAGGAGAUGAGCUGAGAGCAGGUGUCUGGUGGAGAACCAGAUCAGUGUCAGCAUUAGCACACUAGCAAACAGGAGGUCCUGCUGCAUUCCCACCCUCAGAAUGCUCAUGCCCUUGUUGAGGCAGCCAAGGGCUGCGUCGCACAGCAGGCACCUAGCGUGAGCAGCUCCAGUCAAAUCCAUCUUCCUUUGACCCAUUUUGGUUGCUCUGAGAUCAGGGUUCAGCACGGGGCUCUGCAGUGUCAGUGUCCUGGGGCAAAGCAGGUGACAAAGCUCUUCGCCCGGGUGGUCGGUCAUACCCCUGAGCUGCUGUACUUCUUAAGCCUUAGUGUCCUUCUGAGUGACUCCUGAGCAGGUUUUAGUAGUUUACUUUCUAUCUUGAAUGUAUGAUAAUGACUACCAGUAGCAGUGAAUUUUAGUAGUAGACAAAGUUGUACAGUUUAUGGGGAGGACGGGAAAUAAGGGAGGCUUCUAAUUUUAACUGAAUACCUGUAAAAUUGUUCUCGUGGUUACUCAGAGAAAGCAGUGAGUAAGGUGUAAAUUUGUAUUAUAAUGGAGCACACAGAUACUGCUAUAGUUCUGUCUGACAGCAUAUCCACUAGUAACCCCAUUUUUUCUGGGGUUUAUGACUUGGCUGUAAAAAUUCGUGUUCGGCUGAAAUUUGGGACAGUGCUCCCUCAGAUUGGGAGCGAUCUCUUUUUUCUCUUUAAUCUUUUUUUCAUUCUUUCCCCCUUUUUAAUUCACUCACAAGGGAGUGCUAGACUAAUUGUUUCGAAGUUCCAACAAUUUUACAACAUUAACUGACAUCUCAUGCUUUUUUGCACUUUUUUUUUAUAUUCAAAAUACUUUUUUUUUUUAAUUCAGUCAUAGCCAGAGUGUAGUCAAUAAUUUGGGGCCAGAUCUUUUUGGUAUUUAAAAAUAAGCUAACAUAGCCAAGUUAUUAAUACUUGAAAUAAACUACUGUAACUUUUUUCAUAAAUUUUUUAAUACCCUGAGACAUAUUUAAUAUCUAUAUAGCAGUGUAUUAUAGAAUGACAUAGCAGAAAAGUUUCAGAUCUAUUUAUUAACAUUUCUAUUCUUCGAGUUAAUGAGAGAUACCUCAGAACUGCUCCAAAGUAGCUGGGACUGGACUUCCAUAACAUAAUUUUAAAGGUAUAUUAAACAAAACAGCUUCCUCUGUCCAAAAAGCCCAAGAGACAGACUGCCCCUCUGGCCCUGGCAAGGCACAGUGCCCAGGCUGGGAGGCACCAGGGCUGCUUGGCUCCCGUUUGGCAGCGUUUGGAGCAGCCAUCCAUAUCGUCUCUUUUAGGCUGAUUUGAAAAGCACAUGCAAAAGUCUCUGUAAACCUUCCCAGGGAGUCAGCCAUCCUUAUUUUUUUCUUGAAAGCCCCCUUGGAAAAGGAGAAUUUUCACAUGCAUAGGGCUUCUUGAAAUAGUUUCUAAUUUUUUCUGAACCAAUGCAAACAGGAAAAGCAGGGCUCAGUGCUAACUCUCCCUCCUUGCUGUCCCAUUUAAGGUCAGGUGUCACAGCCCUCUCCUCAUGGUACCUCUGGAAAAGUGUCUUGCAUGUUAAGGCACCUGGAAUGGUGGGGAUGUAGGAUUGCAGGGGAGCAGGAGCAGCACAGGCUGGCUGGUGGGAAAGGUUCUGCUGUUGCUGGAAGUGUCGCCUGAUCUCAGUCACAUCAGCACUUUUUCUUGUUUCUGUGCCAAAACCAGGCCGUGCGUUUGCUGCGCAGUGCACCAGGGGAACCAGACAGAAACAAAUGCAGGAAAUCUCACUUUGCAUCUGCCCUGUUGUUGUCAGGAUUUUUUCAUGGAGAUACCCCGGCCAUGUUUCAGUUGCGCAGUCCUCUGCUCACAGUCUGCUUCUCUUGGGUGUCCCCAAGCCACCGAGGUGCAGGGCAUCCAGCACAUUUAUUUUCCUCUUGGAGAGGAAUUUGCGAUGUUGUAGAGCAGGCAGGAUAAGGUAGCUCCUGAGCAUGUGAAGGCAAACAAGUCUUUCAUGCCUGUGCCCUGCUCCACUCUGGCAGUGUCCGGGGAUGGCUCUGGGGCAAUGCAGAGCUUUGUGAUCCAGCCUGUGCCUUCCCACAAGUCCCACAAGUCCUUGGCUCAGGGCAGGCUCUGCUGUGCUGAGCAGGGCACAAACACUGAAAAACAAGGCAGUGGUUGUACAGAUGGCUCCCUGCUGCUCACACAGAGCUGCCAUGGGCCAGGGCCUGGAUAACCUCCCUUUUUCCCUGGAAAAAAACCUCCAAGCUGCUGCCACGUGCUGUGGCAGGCUCCAGAAGACACGGUGUGGAGGGCUGCCUCUCCCCUUGGCUCCAUCCCUGCCUCCCUGGCACAGUCGCUCCGCAUCAUCCCGGCAUUUCAUUCCGCAAGCGGAGAGGCAGCGGGUUGGUUCCUCGCGGGAAGCCUGAAGGAGCUCAGCUCGCUGCUUGCCUGGCUCUGCAGAGGGGGCUAUUUUUAGCUUUCCAUCUCCUCCCUGCCUGCACCAGCAUCCCAAAUCCACUGCAGCCAUUGGCCCAGCACCCCGUGGUGCUGCCCAGCAUGUCCUAGUUACGGGCUGAACUUCGCGUCAGCGUCAGAGGGGGAAAUCAGAAGCUUGUAAAUAUCUGUAAUAUAUUUAUUAAUAUUUAGGAAGUCUCCAUCAAUCAUGCAAUGGGAAUUGAAUUUCCCAUUAUGUUUUAAAAAGGAAACGAGUCUUAUUUAUAUGUGUGUUGGCUGUUAUCUUUUAUUAGAGUUAAUGCUUUCAGUCCCCUAAUACAGUUUGCACAUCUUAGAGCGAGUUACUGCUGAAAAGAACGUGGCACUAGCACAGUGAACUCCCUUCCACGAAUUUUAAAAUUAUUUUCUUUGUUUUUUUUUUUAGCUUUAUUAGUAUGCCCAAGGUCUGUUAAAAUAUAUCAUAGGAGACCCAAGGAGCUAAAAAUGCCUCUGGCAGCACCAGUCUUGUUUUGUAUGUGAACCUGGUUGUGGGGAAUGCAAAACCAGCUCUGCCUCAUGGCGUUGAUGGAAGAUGUGAGCAGGCUUUUGCUGCAGCUCUCAGACCUGACCUUUCAAGUGUUCAUGGUGACAGUAGUGUUUUGAGGGGUUGUUGGGGUAUUUUUUCCCUUUCUCCAUUACUUCCUUUCUACAGGGAGGGGUGUUACCUGGUAAAAAUAAAAUGUCUUUCCGUUAUAACCGUUGUCUGUGUUAAUUAUUCAUGGGGAAGCUGAUUUAAAGGUUCUGUUUUUCUCUUUUUCAUGCUUUUAUAGUUUUGUAAGAUCAGUCAGAUGUUUCUUUUGGCAAAGAAUUGUUAACAAAAAUGAUUGCAUAACAGCUGAACACUGGCUGGGCUGCAUGAAGGGAUGAAAACCUGUUGAAGUACCUUUAGAAUAGCAAUAAAAACUGCUUGUGUAACCCCA